GUGACGCAUUAAGCACGCGCCGCGCGGCGGGAUGAAGGUGGCGGUGGCCGGCUGCUGCCAUGGCGAGCUGGACAAGCUUUACGAGACGCUGGAGCUGCUGCAGCGGCGCAAUAACGUGCAGAUCGACCUGCUGCUGUGCUGCGGGGACUUCCAGGCCGUGCGCAACGAGGCGGAUCUACUCUGCAUGGCCGUGUCGGCCAAGUACCGCCACAUGCAGACCUUCUACCGGUAUUAUUCGGGAGAGAAGAAGGCUCCUGUUCUCACGAUCUUUAUUGGGGGUAAUCAUGAAGCCUCAAAUCACUUGCAAGAACUGCCAUAUGGAGGAUGGGUGGCACCAAACAUAUAUUACCUUGGUUAUGCAGGCGUAGUAAAAUAUCGUGGUGUAAGAAUUGGUGGAAUUUCUGGCAUUUUCAAAUCUCAUGAUUACAAAAAAGGUCAUUUUGAGUGUCCUCCAUACAAUCAGCAGACUGUAAGGAGUGCGUACCAUGUGAGGAAUAUUGAAGUCUUCAAACUCAAACAGCUAAAGCAUCCUAUGGAUAUAUUUAUGUCACAUGAUUGGCCAAGAAGUAUUUAUCACUAUGGAAACAAGAAACAGCUUCUUAAAAUGAAAUCUUUUUUCCGCCAAGAAGUGGAAAACAAUACAUUGGGAAGCCCUGCUGCUUCAGAGCUUCUGCAGCACUUUCAACCCACGUAUUGGUUCUCAGCACAUCUUCAUGUAAAAUUUGCAGCUUUAAUGCAACAUCAGGCAAACAUUGAAGGACAGCUGCCAAAAGCAACAAAAUUUUUGGCUCUGGAUAAAUGUCUGCCACACAGAGACUUCCUGCAGGUAAUAGAUAUAGACCAUGACCCCAACGCAUCUGAUUCUCUGGAAUAUGACAUUGAAUGGCUUGCUGUUCUCAAGGCUACUAACAAUCUUAUUAACGUGACUUCAAACGCGUGGAACAUGCCUGAAAACAAUGGCCUCCAUGCAAAGUGGGAUUACAGUGCAACAGAAGGAGCCCUCAAAGAGAUAUUGGAAGAGCUGAGCCAUAACCUCAAAAUUCCCUGUAACUUCAGUGUGACAGCUGCUUGUUAUGACCCCUACAAACCGCAGAAAAAUAUGGAACCAGUUCAUAUAAUCAAUCCACAGACCACUGAGUUUUGUGCCCAGUUUGGCCUCACCGAUAUUAAUGACAGGAUUCAGCAAGUAAAAGAAGAGGGCUCAGUUCGGGGAGAAUAUGAGGAGGAGGAGGAAAUGGACAGUACUGAGUCAGCAGAGGAGCCUAGUGAAUAUUGUACAGAUAAUUCUGGGCUGUCUUCAUCUAUUAACCCAGAUGAAAUAAUGCUGGAUGAAGAGGGUGGUGAUGAAGAUCAAAGUACCUGUUCUGUGGAUCCUUCACCUGAUCACCCUCCUGACUUUUCAGCAAGUUUUUCUGACACCAGGAUCAUGCCAGAUUCCAUGAUGGUAUCCUCUGAUGAUGCUAUAGACUCCACCAAUGAAGACCUGGAGAAAUCUGGUGUGAGUGAGCAGACUGAAGAGAAGAGUUUAAAUGAAAGAGCUUUAAAGCGGAUUGGUAAAAAUGAAAACGGAAACAGUGCCAUGAAGAAAAUUAAAAGACGGAAUCAGGCUAUCUAUGCCACAGAGGAUGAAGAUUAAGUAUAAUGAAAAUGCAUUAAGGUCACACAGGUUUUAUUAACUGCUGUAACUAGCUACCUUUUUUGGUGUGUUGGGGGCAAUGGUGAGAACUUUUAAAAUUCAGCAUUUGAAGUGAUCAGUACUAUUUUUAUGCUACAUACUACAGUAUGCUACAAAACUUCUAAUGAAGCAGAAUACCUGUUUAGUAAUAGUCUUGCUCAGUCCUUUUCAACUAAGUGUAUUGUAGAAAGAUUUUAAGUUUGUGUAUAAUCAGUUGGUUCUGCUUCAGCUUUUGAUAAUUAACUCAUUUUAUUUACAUUCUGCUUUGCCUCCAUACAAUAACUGUAAUACUUAAUUAACCGAGAGAGAAUUUCUUUAAAUUGUAGUUAGGUUUGGAAGGAGAGGAUCUUUGCAUUGCCUUUAAUGCUAUCUUUCAGCUAAAGGUAACACUUAGUACAGAAUAGAUAAUACAGUAAUUGUCUGCAGUGUGGUUAAAAGCAGUACUCUCAAGAUAAAAAGAGCAGUAAGAGAAGAUGAUCAUGAUUUUUAUUUCUCUGGAGUUACUGUUUCUGCAGUGGAAGAUCUUGGCAGUUGGUGUCUUUAAAAAUAUGAAUAUGUAUUAUAUGCAUUGUCUAAUACUGGUUUUAAAUUUUAGUUCUAUCUAUACAGAAAAGAAAUCUCACAUUGCAAACAAAUUAUGACUGAGGUGGUUACACUAAUAUGUUGAAGGCAAGUGCAUUUGUUUUCAAUAUCAAUUCUCAUGUGUUUCUCUCCCAAAAGUUCAGAACAGUAUUUCAAAAUUAAAAUACUACUGUAAGCUAAAAUUAUCUAGCAAUAACCUGAUAUACAUUUUGUAUCUGAAUUACUGCCUCAAUAACUCUAAAUUUGAAUCUUCUGACUUUAUGGGUAAGCUGUUGUGUUUGGUGCUUUCAGGGGAGAGGGCUGAAAGUUUAUACACUUACAGUAGGUAGUGAUGCGUGUAGUAAAUGUUACCUAACAUGUUCCAUUAAGAUCCUGUUUGCAGUUGC